AUGGUCAAACUCCUUACCACCAUCCCGUUGUUGGCCACUAUCGAGGCUACUAUGAUCCCUCUGAUGUCGCCUUAUGAGACGGUGGCAGCUCGACAUAAGGCUCGUAUAGAAUACAGACGACUGGCCGCAGGCAAGCAUACUCCUGGAGUCAGACUCGCUGUGAGCGAUGGGAGCUACUAUGGCCCGAUCUUCAUCGGUAGAGAAGGGAAAGAGCAGUCCUUCGAUGUUGUGUACGAUACUGGAUCAACUAACUUAUGGGUUCCUGACGUCACAUGUGAUACUACAACUUGUACGAAACAUAAGGCAUAUCGAGGAAAUGAUGAUGGAUCGGACAGCGAGCCGUUGGUAAUGGAAGUUAUGGUUCACUCUAGGCAGUAUUCUAAUGUAGAUAGGGAACUCUUCAACUCCAAUGGUUUCUACAACCUCGGUGGCCCGACACUCAUGGAGAACAUCCCUGAUCUCGGGGUCUUUACAUUCUAUCACAGCAAUGAUCCCGCUCUACCAGGAGCUCUCUAUCUCGGAGGUGACCGCCCCCCGGCUGACAAGAUAGCCCCGGGAGCCCGUAUGCACUGGUUCCCCCUGGUAACGGCAUCCCAUUGGGACUUGGGCGCUAUUGAUGUAGCGGUUAAUGGUACGAGGUUGGGAUUAUGCAACAGAGAUGAUGGGAAACCUUGCCACGUGUUGGUGGAUACAGGGACCUCCGACGUCAGCUUCCCAAGUGAGGUAUUCGACAUAGUUGAAGAUGCCAUCAACGUGAAGAGUGACUGCUCUAACUAUGAUGACUUGCCUGUUAUAACAUACAUCUUCCUAAAGGCGAAUGAGGAGGGCCACGUCACUGAGGUUGAGGUGGACCUUACCCCCGGCGAUUACGCUCUGAGACACGGCGGCUCCUGUGACUCUGACGUCUCAUCAAGGGAUCUCUAUGACGAUGAUAGAGGUGCUUACACUACACUCGAGAAGCUGUUGUUGAAGUCCAGAACCUUAGGUUCUGUAUGA